AUGACGGUUGAAUCAGACUCGAUCACUUCGCCGCAGUUACGGGUCUGUCUUAGCAGUCGGUCAGUAAUGGAAAAGUUCGCUGAGUUUGUCUCGUCCAUCGGCCAAAGCGCGCGCUCCCCAUCCUACAUGCAACCGAAUGCCCCGAUUCCUCGGGCAACGGCAGCGCCAAACUCUCCUCCAGCUAACUACGUGAGUUGUGAUAUGGCCCGGCAACACGGUACACUCUCCAUGAGCACUCAGUCCCAAGCUGGUAAAGUUAAAAUUUUGUUUCAGUUUUUAAUGUCGUAGUAAAAAGUUUCCGGAAAUUGGCGCACAUUAUGCGAAGCUGUUGUGAUUGAUCUAAUAGGUGGUGAAUUGCCUUGCGUUCUGUAAUUGUAAUUGAAUUUUACCUCUAAUAAUGUUUUGACACUUGUGUUUCAAUUACUUCAACAGGGAAAUUUUCGCCUCCCGUCGGAGGUUCUACCCAACUUUCUCCUAGUCCUCAGUCUUGUAUGGAGAUGGAAAACGAAAAUAACGAGUCUUCUUCCAAACGUAAAAAGCGUCGAAAUAGAACCACGUUUACUUCAUUUCAACUCGAAGAGAUGGAGCGGAUUUUUCAGAAAACGCACUACCCCGAUGUUUACACGCGCGAACAACUGGCACUGCGCUGCGAUUUGACGGAAGCUAGAGUUCAGGUAAAUAUGAUUUUUGUUGCACAAUGAUGCGCAUGUAGAAGGUGUACUGCUUCCCGAAUUCGACGAGUCUUUUGGCUUCGAUGAAGUACGGCUUAAUUUCUUACAUGAAUUGGAUGGGCACUUUACGCAACCUGUUAUACUAAUUCAAUUAAAGAGUGUUGUUGUUGUUACGUCCAUGCGAUAACGAAACGAGAUUACAAAUGUUAUUGAUAGACUGGAUCUUUCCGUAUGGUUUCAAGGUACUUGUUUGCUUGGUAGCUGUAAAUUGCAAAUUCGUUUGCACUUCAAGUUGUUACACAGAAUUGAAAGUCGAAAGGGCACUCGACUAAUCCAACAGACCCACUCGUGAUUCUAGCUUCAUCCAGUACGUGCUCUGUGAAGUGAACUUACCACGCAGGAGUAAAAUAAAAAAUUAAAUAUGUGGUCGUUAAGCCGAACUUAAGUUCUUCUUUCAGACUAAAUUUCUAAUGCGUUACCUUUUCCGGCAGUGCACCUUAAAUUAAACGCAUUUCACGUGCUCACACCCAUGGGAAUUUUCACUGAUUUUAAAGUUGCUUGAACCUUUGUCAGUGUAGAGGGAGUUUGUGGGGGUAACGGUGCCAACAUCCGCUUGUGGUACACUUUAAGUACAGAUCGGGAAGAUUUUCCUUUAAUAUCGACAAAGACAUAACGUUUUAGGCAAUUUUUUCGAGACGCGGUAUCCUGAAACGAAAGAUUUGAGCGUCUGUGGUUGAGCGGUGCACUUUGAGAGACGUAACAACGACUAUCGAAAGCGUGCAACUGAGAGAUGUUGUCUUUCUUGAUAUAUCGCAGUCCUCACCGUGAGAAAGAUAUUCAACGAGCGUUCUUUGUUCAUCGUUUUUCUCUAAGACUAAUCCUCAAAUGCUGUUUGAACAUUUAAUGGGACAGGAGCUACAUGAGCCCAGCUGAUCUGUCUUUGCGAGGUUGUAGAAUUAGUAGCGCUAUCGAAACGCGCACUGCUUUCCUCCCAGAAAGGAAAUGACAGUUUGGUAACUGCUAGACAUUCUUUACUGCAUUCCUUCCUUGAACUUGAAUGUUCCUUGUGAGAGCAUGCAGGGGUUAAUAUUCCUCUUUAAACGAAAGCUUUAAAUUGUGCCUCAAACAGUCUUCACUGAUCACACUGAUCCAGUUUGGCAGCCUUUGUGGAUGUUCCAUGACGAGAUGAAAUCAUUCUACCAGUUUUUUUUUUUUUUUUUUUUUAACCUAGCUCAAAGUUGGACCUGUCGCCCAUCAUUUUUGUGCUUUAAUACUAUUUACAUCCUUUUUAUAAACAAACUGAAACCUAAGUAUAAAGUCAGACAUACAUUUUAGGAGUACAGAAUGUCAAAAGCAACAGUGUUGAAGUCUAAGUCGUUCCAGAAUAAUCUCGUGGAAAUUCCUAUUACUCUGCCAAAAAUUUUGCUUCUAAGAUAUUCGCCCUAAAAGUUAAAGGAACUGAAUUUGAUAAGUAAGGUACGAGAUGGGUGUGAAUUGGGGUCCGUGGUUUGCAUUCGCUUUGCUGUGCAGAUCUCACACUCCGACGCUGUGACUGUAGUUCUUUCAUCAAUCAUUAGUAAAUAACAUCACCCGUUUAACUGCUCACCGUUGGUCCAAAUGAGACCAACGCAAGAUCCUAAACAGAGUUUUCAGACCUGAGCUAAAUUUGAGCGCGAAUAAGUACUUACACAAAUUGCAAUUCGUUACGCUAGAGGUUAUUAAAACAAUAAACACAUUAGCCUGUUGCAAUCACCCGCUAUAAAAGCAAUCAAGGAAUCAAGUUUUAGAAAGCAUCACGAUUUAUCAGACAUAAAAAAUCGUCUGGAAGCGGGUAUUCUCUGGGUCUAAAAUUUCUUAAGUUAGAGCUUUCCUCAUUCAGUUUGGUGAUUGUGGAAUUUUUAUAAGCACUGAUCGAUUUAUAGGAUCUAAGGAAGGGCGUGAGCAAACACUGUUGUUUUGUUGCAUAAUUGCAAGGUUCGUUAGCGGAAGAUUUUGUAAAUGCACGUUUUUUUUUACGCACAUGUGAAGUCCAUCGCUAAAAAUCAUGCCAUUUGGAUUCGAAGUCGGUUUUGCUGAAGCGGUACAAGGAUAUAACGUCCGAUACCCAUAUUCGAUGCUCAAAAAUCUUACCCAGUAAAUCGCUUAUCUAACUCUUGAUCGUAAGUGUUUUCCCUAUCAAUACUUCGAUAUGUAUCGCAAGUUGCGAAUGAUGACUCAGCUGUCAGAUUUAAAACUCAGAGAAAAACUUAUCUCUUUCUUCAAUUUGGAGAUAUAGGAGGCGGAAAAUUAGUAUUUGAAAAUUGACAAUGAUUCGUACUGAACGCCGCGCUGAUCAUUUUAAGCUCUCUGUAAUCUUGCCCUUGCCUUCGGAAUAUCGUGCACCUUAUUUUCGCCAAAAAUGUGGCGGUAACAUCAAAGGAAACCCGAUAAAUCUUGGCUGGCGUUACACAGGACAGCCUGUCUAAUGUCUGUUUGCUUUAUUCUUCAUGAGCAAAUUGUAAACUUGUUAGCUUGCACCGCUAAUGAUUCUGUAUGUUUUCCUAAUUAAAUGAUUUGUCCAGGGCAAUUUUCACUUCUAUUACGGGCAAAUAAAAAUACGCAUUUGAAAUGAAGAGGUCGCGUAGAAAUCUUUGGUAACAUGACGUUCUCGUCUUAUCGAGAGAGCUCAAGCAAAUCUGACAGCCGAAUAUUAUAGCUGCUAUUGAGACGUUAUUUGCUGAUCCUAUUAACUAUGACUAAAUAUUUAAAUUUUCUUAUAUGGUCAAGGUUAGAGUUAUAAAGCAAACUCGCUUGUAUCACCUAAACGCGCGUGUUUUUAGCGUUGUUUUUAUUGACGCAUUCGGAAAACUGAUACCGGAAGUUGGGAUGCAUGUUGUCUGACUCUGUGAUAUUGCCGAGCCACGCAAUACGUUUUUCUUGUCUGCUUAUAGCUGCACAUCACAUCAGCGCCUCUGUUCAAUUCUACUUUUGGAGCACUUUACUCUGACAUUGUCUCUGUAUAAUUUAAUCGAAUUAACAAAAUUAUUUUCGGUGCACACUUAAAUAUUUGUUUUGGUGCGGAUGCACCCUCGCACAGCUCGAAUGUUCUUGUACUUUCGCGUUUUGCCCCCUCUCUGACAAACUCGUGCUGGACUCUUCUAACAAAUUCAAGGUUCUUAAAGCUCCCCAGAUCCUGUGGCUUAAGCUGGAAGUCGUUCUCGGAAGUUUUCAGUCGUCGCCUUGAAAUAGCUCUCUAGCUAUCUUUAGCUUUCUUCUUUCAACAUACAGCCAAUUCCUGAGACUUCAUCUUUUACGUACAUCGAGUUGUAAACUCUAAUGCUGUAUUUUAAACGUUUUAAGAGGGCUCGCUUAAAAGAAGGCACAAGCAACCCAAAUUUUUCUAUUCAAAUUUUAUGCAGCGAAAUAAAAAUUGUAAAAAAUUUUUUACCAAGUUUUGGCUAUCCUUAAAGACAGUUUUACGGGAUAUAUGUGUAAAAAAUUGUAGAAAAAAUUGAAUGACUGAAAGAGAAAGUACCAGGACAGUAAUUAAUUGUUGAGCUAUGCUCUCGAAAUCUUGAAGAGGCUAAUAAGUUUAUGAUUAUUCAAACCAAAAAAAAAAGCAUCACUUACACCUACUAUAUUUCAAAACUAUUUUCGUUUGAUAUCUUAGGCUUACACUUGAAAGAGAAUACCUUCCUUAAAGGGUUGGUCAGUGUCGUUUUUCAGACUCUGAAGAAGCUAAAUGACGUAAGGGCAUUUGGAACUAACAAGGCUCAACUCACACUGCAACCACUUAACUGAUGGUUGAUAAAUUGUCGUAAAUAGAUUCCGUCGGCAAAAUUAAAGAACCAAGAGAGGUUAAUCCACGCGCAAUGUGUUCAACAAGGCUCUUGAAAGUUGCACGCACAGUUUUCGUGUGAGAAGUCUGGACAUCACGUCGGGUGGAAUAAAAAUAGUUACUUAAAAAUUGAACUUUGCUAACUUGUGAUCCAGCUGGUCCCACAGAAAGUCAAACUUAGUUUGGGAGCAUUCUACUCUCUACUCUUUCAAGACGAAAUUAGGCGUAGUUAUGUAGAGACGUACUGCGCUUGUAGUAUUUAUCGGAAAAAUAAUAUCCCUCUGAUUUCCACUUUCUUAACAGCACGCGUAAUAACCAGAUUUUGGUAGACUUUGAAAGAAGUUUGUUGUAGCAGUUGAUCUUGGGUAGGCCUUGUCUCAAUUUCUGUUUUAGUCAUGACAGAGGAAUCAGUGUUGUAAAGCUGCACUGCACUUGGAAAAGGAGAAUAUGUCAGAAAAGUUUAUUAGUAUUUUAAUAAACACUUCCCCUCUUUGAAUAAAUCAAUGAUAAGAGAUAAGGUUGAGGUCGAGAGCAAACAGCGAUUUGUCCGUCUGCGGUCGCCUUUGUACAUGUUUUCUUGACUGAUUUUAUAACAUACUGCUCAAAAGAAGAAUUGUAGGUGAAUCAAAGAUAACGAAUGUAAAUUGUAAAAAUUAGGUUUGGUUUAUACUUUUCUCAUGGUACGGUUUACCUUCAAGUUGUUUAGUUCGCUCAGUAGUAUUUCCCAAUUUGACCCCCAUUUGGCAACAUAUGUCGCCCAUAUGAGAAAGUCUUGUAUGUGAUGUCUGUUUGCCUUGUCUUCAUCAGCGUCGUUUUUGUUGUGUUUUUAGGAAAAUUGAGAUUUAGAUAGACUCAGAAGAACUCAAUUCAAUAUUUUUGUUUUGGUGCUUUCAUCUGUCUGGUCUUGAUUUUUGCUUUUGAGUGUUAGUUGCUGUGUAAAAUUUUGCAUUAGCUUUAUAAUAGUAACGUUCUAAGAUAUGUUCCUUUUCUACCGACAACUUUUUGUUCCUAAGUGUUUGUAAGCGGCCUCGAAGUUUGGCCAAUUUUCUCAGUUUAAACUAUUGCAAUGCUUUAAGUGAUUGCAUUCAAAGCUUCAGAGCAGAAGAAGCUUCUUAUUAGGCCAUGAAAGAGCUGCAUGAAGGAGAAGGUUUCUUCUCUUUUUCUAGUUCAGUAGUUAAGUUUUUUCUUUGUUGGUGAUUGCGGUUGCUAGAUCGAGUAUACUUCUAAUGAUUUAAGGCCAGAGGGUUGUGCUUUUAAAAUAGAAAUUAAUCUCCCCAGAAAAAAGUCACCCUCCUGUUCAUUGUGCUUUCAAACGCCCUGAUUUUACUCAUUUGUCUCGUUGGAAUUAAUUGUAUGGUGCUAAAUGAUUAUUUGAGAAAAUUGGCACUUUUCAAAGCGCUUCUUGUAGAUGCAAAGAAGUUUCUCGCGCGCAUUUCACCAUGAGAAUUUUCGAGGGGAGAUGCUUGCUUACUUGCUUUCACUCUAAUUGAAAAGUGAGCUAUCCAUUUAUGUUGCAAUCAGUGGAAGGAUGAUAUUGAAGAUUUCACAAACACUUUCUUCUGGAUUUUACCUUUAGUUGAGUUCAAUUCAGUGGCCACCUACUCAAGCCUGUGCAUUAAUAGCUUUAAUGUUGUAUCUCUGCCUUUUUGCAAAACUGAUAUGAGAGUAAUGUGGUUUUGAAAACUGGUUUGUCUUAAAGAGUGCGUUAGUUCAGGUAGCCAAACGAAAAAAGGGAUUCAAGGGUAGAAUCGUUAGUUUCGAUGUUAGCUUGCCACAUUUCCAGCCUCGUUGACUUAAGCGAGCUUAUUAAGUAAUUGUAAGCGGAAUAUUAGAUUUACUUUUUACGUAACUACUUCUCGUAUUUCUUUUUACUACUAUCCUAGAUCAGUUGUGUAAUGCAAGGAACGGUUUGCGAAAUGAAAUCAUCGUGGCAAAACUUUGUUGCAGAAUACUGCUAGUCGAACACGAGGAUGGAAACUUCUUCAGUAUUUCAAUAGGUUGCGAAAUCGUCGUUCUUUUUUACUGGAUUUGUUUCGUUUGACCAUAGCUUUUGCAGUGAACAAGUUGCAAACUCGCUAUAUCAUCCAAAAAUAUGGCAGGCGUCCUUUGAGGUGACUGCUGACCGAAGAUUGGCUUAAUUUUGCUUUUCUUAGGAUUUUCGCCACAUGAUCGGUAGAAGAUGAACUUUAAUCAAAAAUAUUUUAAUCGAGCUCAGUUCUCCACUCUUUCCUUGUCGCUUUUCUAUUUUUAAAUAACUGAAUGUCUUCUUAGGUCGUUUAAUCAAGGCUGGAAUGCUAGCAACGGGAAAGUCGUUCGUUAACAGUGCAACUUCUUUGUUUCUCGAGGUAAAGAAAUCUUUGAAUAUGACGUGAGGUUUGUGUAACCAGGAAUGUUCAUUGAAGCUGCGUUACAUGACGUUUUCCUUACCAUAGUGAUGGUAUUUGAAUGGAGAAAUUCUUAAAAGAUGAUAUCCAGGAAGAAUAAAAUAAAAAUCUGCUUAGAAUUUUAGCGGCAGUUUUUCUGGCAUACUCGAAAACCUAGUAUUAAUAUGAAAAAAAAAACCCGGAUUAUUUGCUGUCUUAGCGUGAUUAAGAAUAUGCCAGCAGAAUUUUCAAGGCUUAAUACUUUCUCACAGCAGUAGUGUCUACAGUAAUUGACACCCGUUUCACUAAAAAUUUCACUACCAACAGCGAGUGAAAUGUGUAUGAAACAAGACAUAUUUUAAAGAAGUACAAAUAUUCACGUAGCUCGCGCGAAGUUCAGUUUCACAGCAACUACGGUGCAGCACGGAUAUGAUGCGGGGCUGAAAAAUUUGUUUGCGUCUCUGAAAAAAAAGAUCUACGAUUAGAUCGCAGAACGACAUUUUUUCUGAGGAAAAGUUGCUAAAGUUCUUAGUACGAUUUAUAUUAAAUACUGAAAGAAAGCUGUGUACUAAGUUGUUAUAGUUGGCCAGAGUUUGCUUAUACGAAACAUGGUUAAGGAGGAUAUUUUCCGCAAUAAAUAUAUUGAUUAAAGUGACCGCAAAGUUUAAAUUUUUAAGUAAAGCGGGUUAAGCCCUUUUAAGUCAAAUGGAAUGCCAAUGUUCUUGUUAUCACAAGUAAAGUUGGUGUUUGCUCGAGUUGGCGACCAGCCCCAGGUCAGAAAAGGUUACUAGGAAUAAAGGCGGAAUGAGAUUACUGAUUGAAUGCGAUAAAACGUCCGCUAUAAGUUUAAGAAGAUUAUCGCGUAACGUGAAUAACGUCUAUCAUAUCAACGCACAUUCUGUUGCCUAUAAAUCGAUGAAACAGCAGAGCCUUAUUGCAAACCGCAGAUAUGUAGUUGAUAGAAGAGUUAUUAGUAUUGCAGCUUUAAACAAAUAUGUGCCAACCAUUGUUAAGAACUUUCUGGGGUGCAAGUCGUGCGAGACGCGAAGGGUGGUGUUUUCUUUUUUUUUUGUUCUGUCUCAAGUUUAAAACUCGUGGGUAUGUUAACAGCAGUAUUGGUGUACUACUAAAUAUAGUUGAGCAGGAAACCAAAGACCGUUUAGCCCUUGAAAGAUAUAUAUAAAAAACACAUCUUAAUCCACGCGGCAGUAUAAUGGGCGACAUACACUUCUUGUUGUAGCGGUUAGGUCGGUGAACUGUGGAAUUUUCUCUUUCGUGGCUUAAGCCCGUCACCGAAACAUCUUCCUCUUGACUUUCUGUGUGGGGAUUUAUUUUACACGGAUUUUUCUCUAAGGAAAUGUUCCACAAUUUUACUUAGUCAAGUAAUAACAAAAGAAUAUAGCCAUCGAAAUUGGUGCAGUCUUUUGAAUUUGCUUCGUAUGUACAGAAUAACUUUAUUUCAAGAGACGUACUGAGACUAGGGCCAGAAAGCAAAACUGUUCUCCUCGUCAUUCAAGGGACCAAAAUUCUUGGAAUUCUAUUAGAAGACCGUGUACGGGACGUUGAGUACUUUUCGUGAAGAAAUGAUCAAACACGCUAUAGAGAUACUCAAGAGACGUGAAAGUUCAAGCCCUUCUAUAUUGAAAUCAUUCCCUUUAGUCCCCUGGCACGUGAAAGUUCAAGCCCUUCUACAUUGAAAUCAUUCCCUUUAGUCCCCUGGCAUUCAAGUUGCCUCUACAAUUCUGCUUGUCCAUGUAAAAUGAUUGUUUAAAAGGGAACACCCCUCAUCAAAUUUGAUGUUUUAAGUAUCUCUUUACGAUACGGUGAAUGUUAAUCUUUUACAUACUUUUCUGACAAGCUAGAGAAUGAAUACAACUAUCAUUCUUUUCAUAAAAUGUUUUUGCAUUGGAGAAUGAAUUGAUCAAUGCAUACGAUCUGAAAGGCCGAAUAUCACUUCAGUCGGAACCUCGACCCCUGUAAACGCCGGAUUUUGGUCACAUACUGCUUUUUACCUUCUUUUUAGGUAUUGUUGCAGCCAAUUUUGAUUUUUGUAAAGUCUGCUUUCCAUUUGUUUUUUUUUCCGACGUUUUGAAAAAGAUAGCUCUCUUCUUGGCUGUGUCAGUCUCUCACAAAAUCAGAAAAAUAGAGGUGUAGCGUUAUUUGGAUCAAUAGUUUCCAAGAUUGAAUCUUCAGAAAAUUAGUUCUAACACCCAGCUUGGAUGGUACCGUAUAGAGGAACUUAACAAGUAUCUGUCGAAAAGAUAAGGAAACUACUUUCAUUUUGAUCGUUCAAAACUAACAUAUGCAAACUUUUUUCAUUCCUUUUAUCGAUUUUAGCGAACUGGUCGCGGACGCGUUCUUUUUAAGAGAGGGCACAUUCCAUUCCGCACAAAGUUAGCCAAUUUAUUUGAUUUUUUGUUUUCUUGUUUUCGACAAUCAGUAGCGCUUUUGUUUACUUUAAAUCUUAAAAGGUAAACUUUUGACGCUUAAAGCCUACUAUUUAUCGUGGAAAUAGGCAAAAUGUACAUCGUAAUCGCAGUAAUCUUUUCUCUGAAGUUUCAAAGGAAUGCCAGACGCCUAUUAUUGUAUAGUAGUUCAGUAUUAUUCUCCAUAUGACGCAGUUUCUAGAGUAAUUUAAUGUCAACAUUCCGUCAUUGAUGCCGGACACUUAUGAAUAGUAUCUUUAAUUGUGCAUGGAAAUGAAAUCGAACUCGCGGAAAGGAAGAUCCCAUUUCUUCCACAAACGCGCGCAACUGUAUCGCCCGUUUCAAAUUACUGGUGAUCGUGCUCGGCGCAGUUUUGUGAUAGUUAUAAUAGUUUUAAAAUCAUCGCAUAAUUUGCAUCGAUCUUUGAUUUUGCACAGCCUUAAAGGCCAAUUUAACGAGUCGAAUGGACAUGAAGGGUGUAGUGAAAGGUUGUUGGAGUGUUUUACUUGUGAUCACUGACAAAGAUUAACUUUAAAACAAGUUCAGGAAUUUUCUGCCUUGAGCAAGGAUCUUAGUUCUUAAGGCACGCGCACGCGACUCUUUCGCCAACCACAUUCCUCAUAGCUUACAUAGUUAUGAUGAAAUUUUUAAUGAAAUCACUUUGUUUCGCCCAUUCUAUUUUAUCGUUAACAAGUGUGCAAUUUCAAAUUGAUCAAAAGCUGGAGAGCAGAUACGCGUAACCUCAGGGUUACAGCUGCAAUCAAGGUGUUCAUUUUGAGACUCGAAAAUAGGGCAGGAAGUGAUCUGUUUAUCAUUGGCAUAUGCUUCAUCAAUUCCUUCGAUUAAGCCUUUUUUUUUUGCUACAACGGCCUAGAGAUUUCCAAUCAAAAUGUUUUCAUUACGACUAAGAAACUCUAUUUAAAUUCAAAGUCUCAGACACUUUUCAAAGCGCUGGAUUGUACGUAGGAAAAACGAUUUGCCGAUCUUCGAACUCGAUUCUCCCGCAGUGUGUUGACGUUAUGGAAAAGAGAUCCAGAUAGGCAAUUUUAAAAUAAAUUUAAUUACGAUCAACUCUUUGCUGGUCUAUUUGUUCAAUAAUGAUUAGGGCAAACCCACGAAGAUCUACAGGUCUGUAUCUCUUUAAUAUAAACUCACGUUUUGCUUUUUGACUUUUGUUGGUAUACGCCUAAAUUCCUAAAGAAAUCCGAAAAUUACCAGUGUUAAAAUUGUAGUGUUUAUUCCCUUAUGUGUUAUCCAAUUCAACGUUUCUCCUUUUUUUGUGGAAAAUAUUUUAAGUGUUAAUCAAUUUAAGACAUUUUAUUGUGUAUUUCAAAGUCGUUCCUUUUUGCACCAAAAAAAUGUAUUUGAAUUACCCGAAGACAAUUCCAACAUUUAAUCUGGAUUAGUUGUGCAAGUUGGCACAAAGGAAACACUGGAUCACUUCGAAAUCAGUGGGAUUUUGCAGCCGCAGAUAUUUGUUGUCAUAUGUCCGAUGUCGGUUAUCCAGCUUUAUGGUUUUUGUGGCAGAUUUUUGAAGUAAACAAGUUCGAGUAAAAAAAAGAAAAAGAGGUAAUCUCAUUUUUUAAAUCUUCAGAAUUUUGCUAAGCUAACACGACAGCACCGCUUUAACAUAGUGAUAAUUCUCUUAUAAUCUUGCAAUUUCUUUGAACUGAAACCAUUGUUCUUGUCUGCAAAAGCCAUUAAUUAACCAAGCCACAAAGUAAGAACAAUUUGUCGAGCUUGAAAAAAUUAUUUAAGGAUAAUCCUGCUGGAUAUUUCCUUGCCGCUCAACUUUUAUCACUUUGAUGCUGUGUUAGCUUGACCUAGCAAGCCCUUGUGGGUUCUUGAAGGUCUUCAAGAACAAUAAAUCUUAACGAGUCUCUCACUUUUUAAUUGGUAUUAUUUGCUGUAAACCUUCACGUUAGUAAAUUGAUUAUGUCGAUAAGGAUUGUUGUGUUUAAAUGUGACAGCUUGCUUUCGUCUCCUUUUAAGUUGGACUAAAUUUCACAAGCGUGCUCCCGUUCAAUUUGAAACUGUUGACUGAAAACCCAGGCGGUGCGUACACCCUAAGGCGGUGCGUACAUCCUAAGAUGAUAUGAUAUGCCCUCAUUAGAAUCCUUUGAUCGACUGGUCGUCCAGGCUACAUCAAAUCGACGAGAUAUUGAAGUGAUAAUUGUAAAGAGCACAACGUGAACAGACAGGAAAAGGUAGUCGUAGACUUUGCACUCAAACAGUUUGAAAAGGAAUCUCUCUUUUGUUUUUUUUGAAUUAGCGUUGGUAAUAGCACAAACAGACGACAAUAGCUUAGUUCCCCCGUUAAGUUAAUACCGUUCAUAUUUACACUUGGCGCCAUAAUCUAUCUUGAUAACGAUAGUUGAGAAGCACUUAAAAUUGAUCCUUACUUUAAUCUUUGUUUACCCGUUCUGCUUUUGUUAACUCGAAGUCUUUGGUUUCGUCAUAUAGGAUGAUUUUGUAGCAACAGACAAAACUUGUCGUAAAAGUUACUUAAGAUGACAUUAAGAAUGGCUUCGGAGGUGGAAAAGCUGGGGAAAAUCAAAUGAAUAUUCUGAGAGCCGCGCAUGCGAUUGACUCUGUAAAAGCUAAGUAUGUCGAAUUAAAGCGGACUUGAAGCAUAACUUGAUAUAUUAAUGUUUGUCGCGUUGGAGAUGGACCCCAGGUCAAUUUUUAUGAGACUGUGGUACAGUAAUCCUUAGAAAUCCUCCUCCGUUAGCAGAGAUGUCAAGAUUAGGAGGCUAUCUCAUUGUAAACUGACGUUUACAGCUCAUGUUUGAGAUGUUAAAGCAGCAAAUAGUCGCUUAAAAUAACACACCUCAUACCCUGCGAUAGGAACUUAGCAGCAAAGGUCAAAUGUAGUAUUUGCGCGGCUCACUGAAAAAAAAGCAAAUUUUUUUCUGCGUUUUUUCUUCAACUAAAAGUUCGUUUAGGUUUUCAAACUUAGAUUAGUUUCAAGAGGUCUUUUAGGUGAAAAAUUGUCCCAAGUGGGUGUUUUGAAAUUUGCACUAAACGGAUGUACAUCGCCCCAAGCAGUGUGAAAGGAAAUUAUGUUUGAAACACAUGUAAACGCGAAGUUUAAAAAGACAGGCGUACGUUGAUUGCGGUAACCAUCCGCCACACGGUGUGUCAUCUUGGCGGAUUUCAGGGCAAGCUGAGAUGAAACCGCGUCAUCUUUUGUGUCCUACGUGUAUUUGUGUUUUUAAGUGAUUCCUCUGUUGGCCAAAGUGCUAUUUUGAGAAAACUGCCAAAACUCUUGUCUUGUGUGUGAAGAUUCGUUGCUUUCGGUUAGUGAAAAACAAUGUUAGUGUUUGCGGUGCUUUAGCGGGAUGUUGAUGUGUUUUCUUGCCUGCUGUGUUUUUAUCGCGUGAUAUUUCCCGUUUCGUGAUUAGUCAAUUUUCGUUUCUGCUUUGUACAACUUGUCACGGAAAUGGCGGGCUCUGUUAGAGAAGUGGCUGUUGUAUUAUUACCGUUAGCAGUCCCGGUGAGAUGCAGAGUACCUCAAAAGGAUUUAGUUUUGGUGUUAGAUUCUCAACAAUGUCGGGAUCCUUUCUAAAGUAAUAUCUAAGUGAAUUAAAGGAAUUAAGGCACUGUAUCACAUUGACAACUCCUUCUGCAAACUUUGGGACUACGAUCUCUGAUACAAGAACAGGCAGUUAGGAAAAUGAGAACAUUAAAUGCAAUGAAACAAAAACUCUAGGGGUAGUAGUAUGAUGUUUUAAACCGUCGUAUAGCACUAAGGCACCCAAUUUAGAACUUAAUUAAAACCUACUCUAACAUGCGCUGAGGAAAUCUUAUCGUAAGAUCUCUCCUCUACUCCGUCUGAAUUUAUGCUGGCUUGGUUUUUCCCCAGAAAAUUUUACUAACAUGGACUCGGACUUUUUAAAGUGAAUUAGUCAAAGAAGUGCGUUUCUGUGAGGUCAAAUUUUUCCAUCGUACGAAAUGUGGUGGAGGUUUUUUCAUUGACAUGGAAGGAGAUAGCUUCUGAAAUAGGAAACUAGCAUAACAAACCGUAUCAACGUAUUCCUGAAAAUGCUAAAGAAUAUAUGUGCGGUUUUUGAUGUAAAGGCUUGUUUACAAAAUGUCUGGAGCCUUUUUGUCUAGACAUUGCAAUCACCCUUCGUGCUCCUGAAGGCAGGAAACCCGCAGUAAACAGAUAUAUCUAUUCACAACAAGACGCAAAUUUCCGGUGUAUGGUGUACAAAGGUUUGCGCUAACUCUUUCAGGUAUGCUUAAAUUGUUGUGUGUUGAUGUAUACCUCAAAGGGCGUGUCACGAGACAAAACCAUCUGUUCUUUAGUUCCGCGUGAGUGAAUACACAGUCGUGGAAGUAGCAAAAGGGAACGAAAAUCGACGAUUGCUUUGCCAUUGUUUGCACAUGAAAAUGAUUUGUGUCCCUUGUUGUAUUCUUAAUUGCUUUCUUCAGAACAAAUCAUGUCUAUUCUGGCACUUUAAAAGCCUUUUUUCGUUAUGCGUUUACCAUGCAACCUCCUGUAUUUCAGAGGAUUUAUGUCUAUAUUUAGGGUCAAAAACGUGUGAAGAUACCGAGAGAACAUAUGACUGAAUGAUGGGGGCAAAGCCUUACCCUCCUUAUCACUUAAUGAAUUUCUGUACACUUGUAGUUCCACAAGCCAAUAGCCUCUUUCGUCUGUGACAAAUUUGCAAAGGCUUCUGUUCUGCUGUACUCUCUACAGGAGGCCUUGACGUGUCAAACUGACGUUGACCUUCCUUUUAACAGAAAUUUCAUUUUAAAUAAAUUAACAAUCAGGGUUAAGUAGUUUUUCUAUGUUUGCUCCUAUUUUUGUCUUGUAAAUAAUAUUUCCCAUGGAAUGAAUCAACAACAAAUAACUGAAUUUUCCAUUCUCUGCUUCCUUAUUCGAAGAAUGUGAAACUUGGUUGCUUUAAGGUGUGAAAAAUGCAAGUUAGAAACGUUUUGAAUUUUUUGUUCCAGUAACAAAGGUGCAGCCCACUAAUGUUCUAGUCCUCUGUUUUCAUUAGAACAACCAGGAGAGGAUUUUUCAAUGUCCUCUCGUGAAGCGAGUCGGUUUUUAGCACCUAUAUUUAUGUCCCUCAGGUCUAUUCGCGAUCACUUCCUUUAUUCUUAUGUUUGCGUUAGGGCUGAUACUGUGGAGGGAAAUUAGAUGCCAAUCGCUCCUAGGGAUUAAAACCUAUUCUUUACAAUUGACGUGUAGCCUUUUGUAUGAGAGUGCCCCCUCCCCCCCUCGUGUUUUGUCUCUCCUAAGUUACCAGUUCAAAUUGCAAACAAAUGGAGUUGCCUUCGAUUUGCGUGUUAAUUUUUUUAUUUCAUUUUCUUGUCGGUGUUAAAGGGGAUUUGCUGAAUUCAAGAGAUGUCCUUUUUUCUUUGUAGAGUUUUUUGUUUGCACCCGUUGACAGCAUGAAAAUUUUCUUACGACAUCCUCCAACAGAUGGCUCAAGCCGUGAUCCUUUUGUAGAAUUAUCAGUCAGACUAAGUUCGCAUCAUAUUGUCACCAAACAAUUACCUGCCAUCGAAAUUUGACGUGAAUUUGAUGUCAAUGCACUGUUAAAUUUUAGGUGUUCUUGGGCAAGAACGUAAGCUGCAUAGAAAACUCUAGUCUUCUCUUAUCCUACCUAGAAAUGAGGAGACUUUAGGCAUAGAGCACAGUCAAAGAGGGCUGGGUUUUCUACCCUGCAGGGUAAUUGUGUGGUGUUCUUAGACAGGAUACUUAAUUCUUGUAGUGUCUGCCUUUACCCAGGAGCAUUACUUAAUGGCAGUGAACCUUCAGGGUUAACCUGACGAAAUGUGCUAGGGGCUGUGAAAUAGCAAUCCUCGUAGUUGUAUUAUGCCUCCCAAUCAGCUCCAGUCCCUCAGCCAAAGCUAUUCCCCUCCAGUUUCUGUUUGAAGAGAAUGUUUCUUUGCAAACUUACGCAUUGAUAAGGAACAGGAAACUUCAUGUCUGUUACUUGGUCUUGCAUGGUAGAUUUUCAGUCGAGUGUUACUUAAAUGAUGUAUAUUUUUUUAAAGUUUUAACUCACCGUUAAAAUUCUCUUAAACAUUUAUCUUUAGGUUUGGUUCCAGAAUCGUAGAGCCAAAUGGCGUAAGCGUGAACGCUUUGCCCCAGUCCCCGUCCCAGUACGGUCACUCACCAUGGGACCCAUUUACGAUCGACAUCCUCAGGCCCCAGCUUGGUCUCGUCCAUCUAACAGCUGUAUGAACCCGACAGGGCAUGGGGCGGGUCCAAUGCCUCAUCACAUGUCUGUACCAAGUUAUGCGCCUGUUGUUCACGUGCAUCAUCCGUUACCACCAAACAGGCAUUCUCCGCGGUCGCCUUCACCGGAGUCUCCUCCCCACUGCGCUAAAGUGGGUGCCAUGACAACGUCAACUUCGGGAAUGAAAAGAUCCCCAAUUGCACAUCCCAACGUCACCAUUUCUCAACACGGCCCUUCCAAGCAACUACCACCUUGCGCACAUGCUCCACAGCAACGCGCAAGUCACUCUCCUGGUGACGGUUGCCAUGGCUCGCCCGGCUCUAUGACGUCACAAUCUUAUUGCGAGGAACGCGAGCCCGCGUUACAGAGUCCUCAGCGUCACAGCUCGAGUAUUGCCGCUUUAAGGAUGAAAGCCAAAGAACAUGCUGUAGGAGUGGAUAUGGGAAGAACACUGAAUGGAAGAGCAGAAGUAUGAAUCAAUUCGCUGGUUUUUCCGCAAUAGAAACUGCUCAUUGCUUAUAUUUAUUCCUUCUGAUUCGAAGAAGCUCACCUCAGACUGAUUGUCUUGGGUUGGCUAUGCUAUGCUAGUUACGAUAAUUCCUAUACAUAACAUUUUGCUAGAAUGUUAGCUCAGAGCGGGUUAGAUAUUGCAAAAACCAAAAGCAUGAGUACAACAGUAUAAACGGUUUAUGUCUGAUUUAAGCCUUAGAUCUUCGUUUAUAGUAACAAUCCUUCUUUCCAGAUUUUCUAUAAAAUCUUUUUUUUCCUUUUUACCAUUUCCUUUCAGACCUCUAUUGAUGUCAGAGUAUCUAGCAUGGCAUACCGCCCUUAAAUUGUGCUUCUUUCUCAUCGCUUUUAGUUUGUCUCCAUUUUCCAUUUUGUUUAGAAUCGGAAUAUUAAUUUUAGCUGAUUAAUUUUCAGAACUCUCUCAUUCCCUAUGUCACUGCAUUGUCAUAGACACCAUUGUCAUAGAGACGUACCGUGAUGGCCACUUGUCCUGGUCGUCUGCCGCUGAUGAACGCUGGGUAUGAAGUUUGCUGAAAAGACACGGGAGUUUUAAAAAAUAUAUAAUUUUUUUAAUCUUAACCAUGUCCUUUCACUCUGACGGGAAUCAUUCACUGGAAAAAAUAUUUGUUAAAGAAGAGAAAAUAUUCUGUUGAAUUAGAAUUUGUUGGCAAAAGUGGGGAUAAAGAUAAGAGACAAGUAUCGACUGUGUGGAGCGAUGUCAGUGUCUUACUUACUGCGCCCCUAACUCUCUCUUAACUCAACAAAAAUCAACUGAAAGCAAGUCAGGGUUAAUGUUGUGUUAGGGGAGGGGAAGGUGCGCAGUUGUUCAGAUACUGAAAUUGAUUCAACUCUUUCAGGGCGUACAUUUUGGAAGUGUGUCGUUUCUUGGCUGCCGUUAUUGUUUUGACAAUCUCCAAGGGGUAUAUCCUUGGGGUAAAAGUGCCAUAACUGUUUGUUAAUGGUAGAAACAAUCACACAACGUUGUGCGUUCCAAAUGUCGUUCAGCAGCAAAUUGGCUGGCUUGUUUCCAGUUUAACGUAGCGAAUCUCCUCUUAACAAAUCUAUUCAUUCCGCUGUUAACGAAAAGCUUGUUCCAUUAGUGGACGUUUCCUUUAAAAUAAUGGGCUUGUUGUUUUAGGUGUGGGUAGAGUAUUAGUUUAGAGAAAAAAAAGAGGGAACAAAGCUGUUUGAGUAAGAGGUGAGAGAAGGGGCGGGUAUUUGGUGAAUUGCUUUGAUAUAUUCUCAAAAAAAAGUCGAUUUCCUCGGUUUUCAUGCUAUGAUACAAUUUAUAACUGUCCUUCCUUAUUGUCUAAGACUUGGCAUUUGCUUGUUCAAAGUAUGUCCUAAAUAAGCGAUAAAAUGGGUCAUGUAAUUUAGCUUAACUUGUUCAUGUCUCGCCUCUGCUCGUAGCAUUCUGAACGGAAUUAGAGAUUAUUAUUGUAUCAAUUGCUUUCUUGAUGUACAAAUUGUGGCUGAUAUUAGGUGGUAAAUUUAUGUUUUUAAGCCUAGAAGUAUAAAGAGACGACUUGUUUAAGAUAUGAUGAAGAUAGUAUAAAAUUUGCUUUUUUAAACGUGGGUAUAAUAUUCAUUGUUAGUUUGUGGCAAAGAAGACGCUCUUAAGUUUAAUAUAAUCAAAGGUUAGGGUAACCAUUAAGGUGCCUCCACUUCCAUUAAAAUGAUUAGUAUGCUUCUUGUAAUCUGAUGCAACGCUCUACAUUUUGGCAACCUACAAUUUAGCGAAGUGGAAAUGGAAUGCGUCUCGUGUUUUGGAAAUUUCUUCAUUAUCAUUCAGUACUAUACUUUGAAUGGUAGUUUGUUUUGAUUAUGGCUGGUUUGGCGAUGCACCUUUUUUACGUUCACUGAUCGGAUUGUUUUUCUUGUAAUAGUCCUGUGAUAAAGUUGUUGUUUAUUAAGAUGUGCGAUAAGUAUUUUUAAGAACCCUUGCAUCAGUGUGAUAACCCUUUACACCUUAGAAUCAGUAUUCAUAUUCUCCAUAGUCUCUCUAACAGUCAAAGAACCUUAGGUUGGCGAUCAUUUCUUGUAUUCUCUUGAUCUCAAUAAAUGAUUCGGCAGUAUUACUUUAAGGAGAAACUAUAUGCCGAUCACUAUAGGUGUCAAGGGUUAAUCCAAUAGGAAUAUCUAUAUCUUUCGUUGGUUUUAAGUUGGACUGUCUUUUUUACAGAAAAACAGGCAACUCUCUCCUUGACUGAAGUCUGCUAGCAAUGCGCUUUUCUCGUCUCGUUAAAGAAGAUAUUAGUUCUUCAUUUUAACAUCUCAUUCAGAAGCUACACCUUUGACUUAAUUUCUUGGUUUAUCUGGAGAAACUCUGAAAAAAUGUUGUUGUGUAAGGAUAAAAGGCAGAUCUUGUAAACUUGAUUGCAAAGAAGUCGUUUGUAAGAAAAUUUUAUGCUUUAACGUGAGUAACGUAAGCUUGGCAUUGUGAAUUAUAUUUCAAGUUAUGUUCAUGAAAUUGUACACAUAAAGAAACGGAUUAUUUUUGAUACUGUGUCCUGCUUAUAUUUCACAUAUGAGUG